GAGGCUGGAAGGGCAGGAGCCGGGCGGGGUGCUGGCUCGAACUGGAAAAGAACCGGUCCCAGCCCAGCGGGGGUGGCAGCAGGAGAGCCGGCAGCGACGGGCGGCAACGCUGCGGGAGAGGACACCGGCCCCGGCCCCCGCAGCCGCCGCUCGCCAUGGGCACAGCGGCACACGUCAGCCCCGCGGGCUCCGGGGGCACAGCGGUGGGACGGCAGGAGCUUGGGCUUGGAGCGGGAGCGUGUGCAGGGAGCGCUGGGGACCUGCAGGCUGGGGGUGGGUCUGUGAAGACGGGGAAGAUGCCGGAAGGGGAGAAAAUGAGGCAAUGUAAGCAAGAAGAGGAGCAGCAGCAGAAAGAAGAGAAGGAGGGUCUCAUCGAAUUCUACAGUUCCUACCAGGAGCUAUUCCAGUUCUUCUGCAGCAACACAACAAUCCAUGGGGCUAUCCGCCUGGUUUGCUCCAAAAAGAAUAAGAUGAAGACAGCCUUCUGGUCUGUUCUCUUCUUUCUCAACUUUGGCUUAUUGUACUGGCAGUUUGGGAUCAUCUACAGGGACUACUUCAGCUACCCUGUCAACCUCAAUCUCAACCUUAACUCGGACAAACUGACUUUCCCAGCGGUCACUCUGUGCACCCUUAAUCCAUACAGAUACAGUGCCAUCCGAGAGAAGCUGGAUGAGCUGGACAAAAUCACCCACCAGACACUGCUAGAACUUUAUGGCUACAACAUGUCUUUGGCACAAAGCGAUUGGUCUACGCCAUCCACGCGAAAGCGUAGCUCGAGAAGCCUGCUCCAUCACGUCCAGCGCCAUCCUCUGCGGAGGCAGAAGCGGGACAAUUUAGUCAACUUGCCAGAGAACAGUCCCUCGGUGGACAAGAAUGACUGGAAAAUUGGCUUUGUUCUGUGCAAUGAAAACAACACGGACUGUUUCCAUCAAGUGUACUCCUCUGGGGUGGAUGCCGUGCGGGAAUGGUACAGCUUCCACUAUAUCAAUAUCCUGGCACAGGUGCCUGAUGCUAAAGACCUGGAUGAGUCUGACUUUGAGAAUUUCAUCUAUUCUUGCCGCUUCAAUGAAGCAACAUGUGACAAGGCGAAUUAUACCCACUUCCACCACCCCUUGUACGGGAACUGCUAUACCUUUAAUGACAACAGCAGCAGCCUGUGGACAUCCUCAAUGCCUGGGAUAAAUAACGGUCUCUCCCUGGUGGUGCGCACUGAACAGAAUGAUUUCAUCCCUCUGUUGUCCACGGUGACGGGAGCCAGGGUCAUGGUCCACGAUCAGAAUGAGCCAGCCUUCAUGGAUGAUGGGGGUUUCAACGUGCGUCCGGGCAUUGAGUCCUCCAUCAGCAUGAAAAAGGAGAUGACUGUGCGCCUUGGGGGCAGUUACAGCGAUUGCACAGAGGAUGGCAGUGAUGUGCCAGUGCAAAAUCUCUACUCAUCCCGCUACACUGAACAGGUCUGCAUUCGCUCCUGCUUUCAGCUCAACAUGGUAGAGCGCUGUGGCUGUGCAUAUUACUUCUAUCCCUUACCCACUGGAGCAGAGUACUGUGACUACACAAAGCACAUAGCUUGGGGCUACUGCUAUUACAAACUCCUGGCUGAAUUCAAAGAUGACGUGCUGGGCUGUUUCCACAAAUGUCGGAAGCCUUGCAAAAUGACAGAAUACCAGCUCUCAGCUGGAUACUCCCGCUGGCCUUCUGCUGUCUCAGAGGACUGGGUUUUUUAUGUGCUCUCGCAACAGAACAAAUACAAUAUCACAUCCAAGAGGAACGGCGUUGCCAAAGUGAAUAUCUUUUUUGAAGAGUGGAACUACAAGACCAAUGGGGAGUCUCCAACCUACACGGUAGUGACUCUGCUCUCCCAGCUUGGGAACCAGUGGAGCCUCUGGUUUGGAUCCUCUGUCCUCUCUGUGAUGGAGCUUGCAGAGCUGAUUCUGGAUUUCAUCGCCAUCACCUUUAUCCUGGCCUUCCGCUGGUUCCGCUCUCGGCAGCAGCUAUCCCCACCAGGACCCCCUCCAAACAAUCAUGAUAAUGCUGCUUUCCAAGACGAAGCACCAGCUCUUGGUGCUCCACACCGCUUCACUGUGGAGGCUGUAGUGACCACGCUGCCAUCCUACAACAGCCUGGAACCACGUGGGCUGAGCAGGGAUAGUGAGAUAAGACGUGAGUGAGGCCGUGGCUUAUUCCACAGUUCACGUGGGUGACGACUCGAGCCGAGGCCACACACUUUGUCUGCAGGACCUCAAUUUCCUUCUCUUUGGGGUGCUCAACCUGGACCAUAGAAGAAGACUGCACUGUAGUUGGCCUGGGUUCCUUGCUUUCACUACUGUAGGUGAAUCAUUCAGUCUCACACAAUACUAUUGCUCUGGGGAUCACCAGGGAUGGUAAUUGAUCUAGUGUACAUACGGGGGGAAAUGUCUACUUGGUUUUCUUACACUCCUUGCAUGUGCACACCUACAUGUGCACACAUUUUCUUUUCCCUGCAACAAGGAUGCUGCUGUAGUUCUGGUCUGUCAUUAAAGAGGUUUGGCAAGUGGGA